GUGGAUUCGGUCUUUCAGCGCUGCCCCACGGCGUCGUGUCGACACAAGUCAACACCUGCAGCCAUUUUACGCUCCGAUGUCGUGAAUCAAAUCCAUCUCUGAGCAGCCCGUCUGCACCCUUGAAUCCAGCAGGUCAAAAAUGGUGAAAAGAAAGAGCUUGGAUGACAGUGACCGGGAAAACUGCCGGGGUAUCCCUUUUCCGAUCCAAACCUUCCUAUGGAGACAGACCAGUGCGUUUUUGCGGCCGAAGUUAGGGAAGCAGUAUGAAGCCUCCUGUGUGUCAUUUGAGCGGGUGCUGGUGGAGAACAAACUCCACGGGCUCUCUCCAGCCCUCACUGAAGCCAUCCAGAGCAUCUCUCGCUGGGAGCUGGUCCAGGCUGCUCUGCCUCAUGUUCUCCACUGCACUGCCAUCCUUCUCUCGAACCGCAACAAGCUGGGACACCAGGAUAAACUCGGGGUAGCUGAAACGAAACUCCUUCACACUCUACAUUGGAUGCUUCUGGAGGCGGCCCAGGAGUGCCACCAGGAGCCUGGCUUGGGACAGGGCUGGUCUGGGGGUAGCAGUGGUAGCAGUAGUGCCUACCUUCAGCCCAUGGGGAACCAGGGUCUCACAGACCACAAUGGCAGCACAGCUGAAGAGAAUGAAUAUGCCCGUGCCAAACUCUACCACAAGAACAUGGCCACUGUGGAGCUCUUUGUGUUUCUCUUUGCCCCCCUCAUUAACCGGAUCAAGGAGUCUGACCUCACCUUUCGACUGGCUGGUGGACUUGUUAUUUGGCAGCCAAUGUGGGAGCACCGUCAACCUGAUGUUCCUGCUUUUUAUGCCCUUGUCAAACCCAUGCGUAACAUUGUUACAGCAAAGAGGAAUUCUCCAGUGAAUAACCAGUGUAGUCCUCAUGAUACCAGUAACCCAUGCCCUGCAGUGGUAUGUGAAUCAGACCAGCCAGACUCCUCCUCCCCCUCGGUGACAGGACAGAGCUGUCGCCGUGGCAACUCUGUGGAGAAGGGAGGGUCCUCAGAGCAGGCCUUUGAGAAAGGAUUUUCACAACCAAAGAAUUUCUCAGUCCCUGGUGGCAUCUCUGUAUCACAGCGAGCAAGGUAUGCCACCUAUUUUGAUGUUGCAGUGCUGCGUUGCUUGAUGCAGCCUCACUGGACAGAAGAGGGUGUGCACUGGGCCCUCAUAUACUACCUGCAGCGGCUGCGUCAGAUACUGCAGGAGAAGCCUGAACGCCCCCCUGAGCCCCUGAUACCCCCCUUACCACGGCCCCGCAGUAAUUCCAUGGUGGCUGCUACCCCUUCUUUGGUUAAUACUCACAAAACACAGGACAUGACUCUAAAAUGUAAUGAGGAAAGCAGGUCUUUGAGCUCUGAGACCUUCUCUAAAGUGUCAAUUACCAACCUCAGGAGACCAGCAGUCCCUGACCUCUCAACUGAGAUGGGUAUGAACAUAUUCAAAAAGUUUAAGAACCGUAGAGAAGAUCGAGAGAGAAAAGGCUCUAUCCCAUUCCACCAUACUGGGAAGAAACGCCAGCGUCGAAUGGGUGUACCUUUCCUGAUGCACGAGGAUCACCUGGAUGUCUCACCCACACGUAGCACCUUCUCAUUCGGAAGCUUCUCUGGACUGGGAGAUGACCGUCGCACAUUGGACCGUGGUGGUUGGCCUUCCACUAUCAUGGGGAAGUUAACACGUCGUGGAAGCUCAGAUACUGCCGGAGAUGUGGACAGUCUUGGAGCAAAACAUUUUCACUCCCACCACAACUUGCCUGAACACUCCAACAGUCACAGUGACAAUACCAUCAAAGAGGGUGUUCGUUCCCAGAUCUCCACCAUCACCAUGGCUACAUUUAACACAACUGUGGCUUCCUUUAAUGUAGGCUACACAGAUUUCUUCACAGAGCACAUUAAGAAACUGUGUAACCCCAUUCCCAUCCCUGAGAUGCCAUGUGAGCCGCUGGCCUGCUCCAACCUUCCCCGAAGUCUGACAGACUCCUGCAUCAAUUACACAUCGCUAGAGGACCGAGACACUAUUGAGGGCACUAACAACUUCAUUCUGAAGAAUGGCAUGCUGGACCUCAUGGCUAUUCUGCGGGCCCUGUAUUCCGUACUCACCCAUGACAUCAGUUCUCGGAUUUGCGACGUGGCGCUCAACAUCAUCGAAUGCCUCCUGCAGCUGGGGGUGGUGCCCAGUGUGAUGAAGAAAGCCUCCAAACCUGAGGACAAAGAGGCGGAGCAUCUGAAGGAGGGAGCCAGCCAGAGUGUGGGUGGAGCUCAGGGGGAGGCGGCUGGAGGCACAGGAGCAGCACCUAAUGGAGGAGAUGGAGGAGGAGGGGGUGGAGAGAGUCGUGGAGGAAGCAGAGAUGAUAUAAAGAAUAACAAGGACAACCAGGAUGGAGACACUUCACUCAGCACUCACAGAUUGGCUCUCACCAUGCUCAUUAAGAUCGUAAAAUCACUUGGCUGUGCGUACGGUUGUGGUGAAGGCCACCGUGGGCUUUCUGGAGACCGCCUUCGGAUGCAGGCGCAGAAUUGUUUGACUACUCUGUACACGCUGGAUAAAGUGCAGUUCCGUCAGACUAUGAAAGAAUACGUUAAUAAGGAUUCGCUCAACAACAUUGUGGAUUUCCUGCAUGCCCUACUUGGCUUCUGCAUGGAGCCAAUCACUGACAAAUACGGCAGUGCAGGUGAGAGGUCCAGGAGGGCGAAUAAAAGAAACAUCGACAAGGCUGGCUUCGGGAACAACUUCACCACUGGAGGAGACAAGUCUCUGGCCCAGAGCAUGGGAACUGUGGUGGUGGGCUGCAUGUUCAAGUCUCUCAUCACAAGAUGUGCCUCCACUACACAUGAGCUUCACAGUUCUGAGAACCUGGGCCUGUAUUGUGACAUACGUCAGCUGGUUCAGUUUAUUAAGGAGUCCCAUGGAAAUGUCUUCCGACGUGUGGCUCUCAGUGCCCUUCUGGACAGUGCUGAAAAACUCAAUACCACAAAAAAAACAGAUGAAAAGGAGGAGACCAAGCCAUCUUCAGCAAAAAAUGAGGAGCAAAUCCCAGGAGCGCUUUUAGGAAGGAAAGACUUUUGGAGGAAGAUGUUCAAAUCUCAGAGUGCCGCCAGUGAUACAAGCAGCCAAUCAGAGCAGGAUACGUCAGAGUGCACCACUGCCCACUCUGGUACUACCACAGACCGUCGUUCACGAUCACGUUCCCGACGGAUUUCACUACGCAAGAAACUCAAACUGCCCAUAGCAUGCCAUAGGAAAGUUCGCCAUCCACUCACUCUCUCCAUGUUACGAAACUGGCUGAAACGCUCCUCUCUAUCUGGUCUGGCUGAUGGGGUGGAGGACCUGCUGGACAUCAGCUCUGUGGACAGACUGUCCUUUAUCAGACAGAGCUCCAAGGUCAAGUUCACCAGUGCUGUGAAGCUGUCGGAGGGUAGCGCUAUCGAAUAUGGGCGAGAGGAAGAGGAGAAUUUCUUCAAGCGGCUUGGUAAAUGGCGGUCUGGUCGGAGGAACCCUUCCAAGCUUCACCACACAGAAGAGAAAGAUGGUUGCCAUGGAUUCCAGGAGCGCUUGGCCGCCAGUCAGGAGGCCAUGAAGAAUAAGAACAUUGUGAAUCUAGGUGCAAUCAGACAGGGCAUGAAGAGAUUUCAGUUCCUGUUGAACUGCUGUGAGCCGGGAACCAUACCAGAUGCUUCGAUUUUAGCAGCAGCGCUGGACCUGGAAGCACCCGUGGUGUCAAGGGCCUCGCUUUUCCUGGAGUGUGCUCGUUUUGUGCAUCGCUGUAACCGUGGUAACUGGCCAGAGUGGAUGAAAGGUCACCAUGUGAACAUCACUAAGAGAGGGCUGUCCAGAGGACGAUCGCCUGUAGCAGGAAACAAAAGAAACACAAAGCUCCAGUGGAACGCAGCCAAACACUUUUACCAGUGGGGAGAUGCGAUAGGCACUCGGCUGAGUGAAAUUUGCCACUCAGACAGAGAGAGUCCAGCCAACAUCUUGGGUUUUAUCUAUGAUGAAGAGAGCAAGAGGAGAGUGAAAAAGGAGGAUGAGGAAGAAGAUUAUCUGGAUGACAACACAGUCAACCCCACAAAGUGUGGAUGUCCCUUUGCUCUGAAGAUGGCUGCUUGUCAGCUGCUUCUGGAGAUCACCACUUUCCUGCGAGAGACCUUUCCCUGUCUUCCCAGACCCAGAACAGAGCCCCUUGUGGAUUUAGAGAGCUGUCGUUUGCGUCUGGACCCUGAGCUAGGCCGUCAGCGCUAUGAGAGGAAGAUCAGCUUUGCAGGAAUCCUGGAUGAUGAGGAUGGACACGAUUCUCUGAAUAGCAGCAGCCACACCCUCAAGUCUGACACUGGCUGUGAGGAAAAGAAAUCAUCACAAGAGCCUCUGGCUCCAAUUAGAAAGAUCCGUAUUGGUGGCUCUCGGUUGCUACAAAUUAAAGGAGCAAGGAGUUUCCGACUAAAGAAAGGAGGCUCUUUAUCUUCUAUCCGCCGAGCAGGGAGUCUGAAAAGCACUAAGAUGUCCAGACAGGACUCUGAGUCUGAGAAUGACGCAGAAUCGGAACGGCUGCUCUCCCAGAGUAGAGAUACUGUCACUGAUAUAGGGAGCCCUUGGAGUGCUAGCGAGCCAAGCAGUGAACCUGAGGGUCCUGGCAGCACAGGGGGUGUGGAGGACAACUACCAUCGCAACAUGUCCUGGCUACAUAUCAUGAUUCUGCUGUGCAACCAGCAGAGUUUCAUCUGCACUCAUGUGGAUUUCUGCCACCCUCGCUGCUAUCAGCACCACAGCCGCUCAUGUGCUCGGCUCGUCCGUGCCAUCAAACUUCUAUAUGGAGAGACAGUAGACAGUCUGAAAGAGAACAGCACUACCGGCAAUAUCAGUGGCCGUGCCAAGAAGAGCAAAGAGUGUUCAGACAAAUCCUGCCUCCGGACCCCAUCCAUGAAGAGACGCCCCACUGACAGCAGUGCUGAGGGGAAAAAAGACACUGGCAUGCUAAAGUACAUCCGCAACCAGGUAAUGAGUCUAUCUCCAGCCCCUCUGUCCUUGCUUAUAAAAGCAGCCCCUAUCCUGACUGAGGACAUGUAUGGAGACAUUUUGCCUGCAGCAUGGGAGCUCCUGCUGAGUGUGGAUGAACAUAUGGCUGCAGCUGCAGCUGCCCUGUUCCUGCUGUGCGCGGUGAAGGUUCCGGAUGGAGUGACAGAAAUGAUGAUGGCUGAGUUUCAGCAUCAGGAAGCAUGUCAGAGAAUUAACUCCAUUUUGAAAUUCUACACUGUCUGGAGAUUCCGGUACCAAGUGUGGCCUCGGAUGGAAGAGGGGGCUCAGCAGAUAUUUAAGAUUCCUCCACCCAGCAUUAACUUCACACUGCCCUCUCCUAUCCUGGGAAUGCCCUGUGUGCCUAUAUUUGACCCUCCAUGGGUUCCUGUUAAUGCAGGCACUGUUCCAGAUGCAAUCAGUGAAGAUCAAUCUAAAUCAUUCUCGGCACGAGCAGUAUCUCGCUCUCACCAACGGGCAGAACAUAUCCUGAAGAACAUGCAGCAGGAGGAAGAGAAGAGGAGGCUCGGUCGUGAGGCCAACGUCAUCACGGCCAUCCCUAUCGCUCAGGAGGCCUGCUAUGAGCCCACAUGUAGUCCACCACCUGAGCAGGAGGAGGAAGAAGAUGUGGUGAACUUGACAUCACGUCGUCUGUCCGUCAGCCCCUCUUGUGCCUCCAGUAACUCCCACAGAAACUACUCCUUCCGCAGGGGCUCUGUGUGGUCAGUGCGGUCAGUGGUCAGUGCUGAAGAUGAUGAGAACACAACAGAACUCACACCAACACAUCACAUGCUGCAGCCACCCCAGUCUGUUUUCCCACCAUGCAUCUGUGCUGCUGUGUUGCCCAUUGUGCACCUGAUGGAAGAUGGAGAAGUUCGGGAAGAUGGAGUUGCAGUAUGUGCUGUUGCUCAGCAGGUUUUGUGGAACUGCCUGAUUGAAGAUCCAGCCUUGGUUCUUAGACAUUUCCUGGAGAAACUCACAGUCAGUAAUAGACAGGAUGAACUGAUGUACAUGCUGAGGAAACUGCUUCUUAACAUUGGGGAUUUGCCUGCACAGACCUCGCACAUUCUUUUCAACUAUCUGGUGGGCUUGAUCAUGUACUUUGUAAGGACUCCCUGUGAGUGGGGCAUGGAUGCCAUAUCAGCCACUUUGACCUUUCUGUGGGAGAUUGUGGGUUAUGUGGAGGGGCUCUUUUUUAAAGACCUUAAACAGACUAUGAAGAAAGAACAGUGUGAGGUCAAGCUUCUGGUUACUGCCUCCAUGCCAGGAACCAAAACCCUGGUGGUUCAUGGACAGAAUGAGUGUGACAUACCCACCCAGUUACCAGUGCAUGAAGACACCCAGUUUGAAGCCCUUUUGAAGGAGUGUUUAGAAUUCUUCAAUAUUCCAGAGGCUCGGUCUGCUAACUAUUUUUUGAUGGAUAAGCGUUGGAACCUUAUACACUAUGCCAAGACCUAUGUGCGAGACAUCUACCCUUUCAGAAGAUCAGUGUCUCCUCAACUUAAUCUGGUUCAUAUGCUUCCAGAGAAGGGCCAGGAGCUCAUUCAGAAACAGGUGUUUUCUAGAAAGUUGGAAGAGAUUGGCCGUGUUCUGUUCAUCAUCUCGCUUACCCAGCGUAUGCCUGCUGUGCACAAACAAUCCCACGUCUCCAUGCUUCAGGAAGACCUUCUGCGACUGCCAUCAUUUCCUCGCUCUGCCAUUGAUGCUGAGUUCACGCUCUUCAAUGAGCCUUUAGGCAAAGAGCUCUUUGGUUUGGACACUUUACAUAAGGUCCUAUGGAUCAAACUGCUGGAGGAGAUGUUUCUGGGCAUGCCCAGUGAAUACCCUUGGGGUGAUGAGAUUAUGUUAUUUCUGAAUGUGUUUAAUGGUGCACUGCUCCUACACCCCGAGGACAGCGCCCUCCUCAGGCAAUACAGCGCCACUGCCAUCAACACAGCUGUACACUUCAACCACCUCUUCUCCCUCAGUGGCUAUCAAUGGAUCCUUCCUACUAUGCUCCAGACAUACGCAGAUUAUGAGAGUAACCCACUGUUGCGUCGAGGGAUUGAAUUCUGCUGCAGGCAGUUCUAUAUUCUCCACCGCAAACCUUUCAUAUUGCAGCUCUUCGCUAGUGUGGCCCCACUGCUGGAGUUCACUACUCGCACUAGUACUGGUUUAUCAAAAGGAGUAUCUUCACAGUGUCUUUUUGACCUGCUGGUAUCUUUGGAGGGAGAGACUGCAGAUUCCCUGGAUGCUCUGGAGCUGGUGAAGGCUGAGAAACCUCUCCGCUCUCUGGAUUUUUGCUAUGGUAAUGAGGACCUGGCGUUUUCAAUCAGUGAAGCCAUAAAGCUCUGUGUCACAGUAGUUGCUUAUGCCCCAGAAUCCUACCGCAGGGAUAACCUGCACCUGCUGGAGGAGGGUCAGGGUAUACUGAGGGAGGAACUGGACGAGCGUAUUGCCCGUGAAGAGUUCCGGCGCCCCCGUGAAUCUCUGCUUAACAUCUGCACAGAGUUUUACAAGCACUGUGGUCCACGCCUCAAAAUCCUGCAGAAUGUGGCAGGAGAACCCAGAGUCACUGCUCUAGAGCUGCUGGAUAUCAAGUCUCAUAUGAGAUUGGCAGAAGUCGCCCACUCCCUUCUCAAAUUGGCCCCGUAUGACACGCUGACCAUGGAAAGCAGAGGACUGCGGCGCUACAUCACAGAAAUGUUACCCAUCACCGAUUGGUCGGCAGAGGCCAUUCGUCCUGCCCUCAUCCUCAUUCUGAAGAGGCUGGAUCGCAUGUUUAACAAGAUUCAUAAGAUGCCCACACUCAGGCGGCAGGUGGAGUGGGAGGCAGCUAGCAGUCUGAUUGAAGGGAUUUGUUUGACACUUCAUCGGCAGCCAAUCAUUUCCUUCCUCCCUCACCUGCGAUCUCUAAUCAACGUUUGUGUCAACCUGGUGAUGGGGGUUGUGGGGCCAUCUAGUGUGGCAGAUGGACUUCCCUUGUUGCAUCUAAGUCCAUACCUGUCUCCUCCUCUUCCCUUCAGUACAGCAGUUGUGCGUUUGGUUGCCAUGCAGAUCCAGGCUUUAAAGGAUGACUUCCCACUCAGUCAUGUGAUCUCCCCCUUCACCAAUCAGGAGAGACGAGAAGGGAUGCUGCUUAACCUCUUGAUUCCAUUUGUAUUGACUGUGGGCUCAGGGAGUAAAGACAGCCCUCAUCUGGAGCAGCCAGAGGUAUUUCUACUUUUGCAGACAGUCAUUAACAUCCUGUUACCUCCACGCAUUAUCAGCACUUCCCGCAGUAAGAACUUUGUUCUGGACGCAUCCCCUGCCCACUGCUCCACCCCAGGGGACACUGGGAAAGACCUGCGUAGAGAGGGACUGGCUGAAUCCACCAGCCAAGCAGCUUAUCUUGCUCUGAAGGUGGUCUUAGUCUGCUUUGAGCGACAGUUGGGUAAUCAAUGGUACAAGCUGAGUCUGCAGGUCAAGGAAAUGGCCCUGCGUAAAGUUGGUGGUCUGGCUUUCUGGGAUUUUAUUGACUUCAUAGUGCGCACAAGAAUUCCAAUCUUCAUUCUAUUGCGCCCCUUCAUACAAUGCAAGCUGUUGACCCAGCCAGCUGAGUCUCAGGAGGAGAUCACGGCCCGUCACCAUAUUGCAGAGCAACUAGAGCGUCGUUUCAUCCCACGGUCCCUCUGCAAGAGCUCUCUGUUUGCUGAGUUCAGCAACGAGCUCAAGAUCCUGAAAGAGGCUGUGCAUAGUGGCUCUGCAUACCAAGGAAAGACUUCCAUCAGUACUGUUGGCACGUCCACCUCUGCAUACAGGUUGAGUCUGGCCACCAUGUCCCGCUCCAACACCGGUACAGGAACUGUCUGGGAGCAGGAGAGCCAACCCUCACGCCAGCCCUCACAGGACACACUCAGUCAUACCGAUGAGGAGGAGGAAAAUGACUCCGUCAGCAUCCCCAGCGUGGUAAGUGAGCACGAAGCUUUCCUCCCCAGGCUCAUUUCCCAGCGGCGUUUCUCCAGUCACGCCACAGGGUCGGCUGCCAGUCAGCCUGAACCAGGCAUGAGCACCAUGCUGCCCAGUCACAGUGAACCCAAUGUGCUAGAUGAAUCCCAGGGGCUUCUGGAGGAGGGUAACCUGUCUAGGGUUGCCAGCGUGCAGAGUGAACCAGGACAGCAGAAUCUGCUAAUCCAGCCACCUCUCGGUCGUAAGAGAGGACUUAGGCAGCUACGGCGACCUCUGCUGUCUAUACAGAGGGUGCAGGACAAGUCUCCUGGACGUCAGGGAGCCAGACUCUCAACAACCCGCAGGAGCAUUCAGCCUAAGAGUAAACCACUCGACAGGGCUCACAGUGACCAAAAGAGGUCUGUCACUUUCACUGAGACCCAGCAAGAACCAGCUGGCAGAUCUCCCACUGCCACUCCCAGCCCCAGCAGCGGCUUACCAGGGGUCACAGAGGUCGGGAGGCUGAGCCAUGCUCCUUCCGUCGCAUCAGAGUCCUCAUCACCUAGCAUCAAAACUGCCCAGCACAAACCGGCAUGGCCACAGUAUGAGAAUAAAGACAGGAAAGAUCAGGGGAGUGUAAGAAGCAGUCUUUCUCCAACCCCCUCUGCUGCCUCAAGCUCCACUUCUAGAGCCUGCUCCCCUCUUCCUCCUCCCCUCCCCAUCCUGAGUACACCAUACCGACUGGCCCCAACCCAGAUCAGAGAAAGCCCCGAGGACGAAGAGACCACUGGGCUUCUGCAAAACACGGACACCUCCUCUAGUGCAGGAGAGGACCGUGGCACGGAGAACCCACUCCUGACCUCGCUGCUCACACCCCACGCUCUCUCUCCGCUCCCCCUGUCCCCUGUUGACCUGGAUCUGGACGAGUCUCACGUGUGAGAAUGUCCAGCUUCUGGAUACUGUGCUAGUUUAACAGGAAGUGGAAAAAGAAAUCCUGUGAUCAGAUUUCUUGAAUAACUUUUUUUUUGUAAACUCUUGACAACGAAGGAGUUAAAGCAUAUUAAGCUAUCAUGGGACAUCCUUUGCAAUUAAUAGACACAUUUAUGAAGCACUGUGCAUAAUUCUACACACCAAUGAAGCUAAUUAACGUUAAUGUACCAUUCAGUCUUUAGUGAGAUAAAUGACGUCAUUUUAAAUCAAACGAGAUAAGCAUUCUGUGAAAAUUAUAACUACAAAAACGAUG